AUGGAGUUGGAGUCCCAGGUGCAGAGUGGAAUCAACAGAGGGGGAGCAGAGGGACUUAAGGGUACCAGUGGAAGCGGAGCAGAGGGACUGAAGGGAACCAGUGGAAGCGGAGCAGAGGGACUGAAGGGAACCAGUGGAGGCGGAGCAGAGGGACUGAAGGGAACCAGUGGAAGCGGAGCAGAGGGACUGAAGGGAACCAGUGGAAGCGGAGCAGAGGGACUGAAGGGAACCAGUGGAAGCGGAGCAGAGGGACUGAAGGGAACCAGUGGAGGCGGAGCAGAGGGACUGAAGGGAACCAGUGGAAGCGGAGCAGAGGGACUGAAGGGAACCAGUGGAAGCGGAGCAGAGGGACUGAAGGGAACCAGUGGAAGCGGAGCAGAGGGACUGAAGGGAACCAGUGGAGGCGGAGCAGAGGGACUGAAGGGAACCAGUGGAAGCGGAGCAGAGGGACUGAAGGGAACCAGUGGAAGCGGAGCAGAGGGACUGAAGGGAACCAGUGGAAGCGGAGCAGAGGGACUGAAGGGAACCAGUGGAAGCGGAGCAGAGGGACUGAAGGGAACCAGUGGAGGCGGAGCAGAGGGACUGAAGGGAACCAGUGGAAGCGGAGCAGAGGGACUGAAGGGAACCAGUGGAAGCGGAGCAGAGGGACUGAAGGGAACCAGUGGAAGCGGAGCAGAGGGACUGAAGGGAACCAGUGGAAUUGGAGCAGAGGGACUGAAGGGAACCAGUGGAGGCGGAGCAGAGGGACUGAAGGGAACCAGUGGAAGCGGAGCAGAGGGACUGAAGGGAACCAGUGGAAGCGGAGCAGAGGGACUGAAGGGAACCAGUGGAAGCGGAGCAGAGGGACUGAAGGGAACCAGUGGAAGCGGAGCAGAGGGACUGAAGGGAACCGGUGGAGGCGGAGCAGAGGGACUGAAGGGAACCGGUGGAGGCGGAGCAGAGGGACUGAAGGGAACCAGUGGAGGCAGGGCCAAAGCACUGGCAGUCUUUGGUAAAGGAGGUGGGAGAGGGAGGCUGGGUGGGAUCACUGGAGACGGAGGACACUUGGAGCAGGGUGAUGAAAAACUUCUAUUCUUCAAGAUUGCUUCUGACAAUUUCACAUAUCUGGGGAUCUCCUUUAAAAAUUCUUACAAUAACCACUCAUGGAUGAAUUCAAGCUGGAUAUGUGUAGGUGGGUCUCUCUAA